AAACACUUCUCCAUUUUUUCUACAGGGGAUUGUGUUAAUUUGGAUCUCGGUAUGGAGAGUGGAGCAAUUACCGAUGACAAGAUAUCGGCUUCUUCUAAAGUUAAUACAGGUACACCAGCCAAGAAUGGUCGGUUGAACUACGUAUAUGGGUCAUCAUGGUGUGCUUCGCCAAGUGAUAAAAAUCCGUAUCUUGAGAUCGAUCUAGAGGUAACUCAUAUCAUCUGUGCCGUGUCUACUCAAGGAAAUUCUCGAGCAGACGAAUGGGUUAAGACCUACACGCUACAAUUUUAUACAGGGGGAGCGUGGACAAAUUAUGAAGAGGAUGGGCAAGUGAAGGUAAGCCCUAAAUUGUGUCUCUUUUUCUGUUUCCAAAAAAUCCCACUUAACUCGGCUAUUUUUAAGACUCUGUACCAUACUCUUUUUUUACUUACAGCAAUAAUUUGUAACCUAAACUCCUUGAGAAAAAACAUGUUCACGUUCGUCAGAACGCAUCCUAAUCUGGUGUUCCUGUGGCACUAACGCAGAAAUUUUCUUGCAAUCACGGGCGACUGCAUGUAAAUUAGCCGCCCCUAUUAAUUUUAUCAAGGGCACCUCUGCCGGGAAACUGGACUCUUUUCCACUCGAUUUCGUUUCCUUAAUUUUUCCGUAAGUGACGAAUGAAUGAAGAAUAAAGAUGUAUAAACAUUUGCAGAUAUGAUUUGCCUUUGUAAUGCAUUCAGAUAUUUGCGGGAAAUACAGACAGGAACAUUGAAAAGAAAAACAUUCUUUUUGAUGGGAUGUUAACGAGAUUGCUGCGAUUCGUGGGGACAAGUAGCCAUAACAGGUUUUGUUUGAGGGCUGAAGUGUAUGGAGUCAAGUUCAAACCAGGUACGUUCACAUGUGAGUUUAAAACCGUCGGCGAUGGCGGUGAAAAAUUCCAUAAGAAGGGGAAUUUCAAACAUCGCACGUCGCUACUAUUUUCACUCGCUCAUUUUAUUUAACGUAAGCGAAUUUCUUUGAGUCGAGUUCCUAAGAACCGUUUCCAAGCUCAGAAAAGAGAACCGUGAGAGGUUCUUCUUCGUUUGUUUACGCCCUACAUAAAACGUGAAAUAUAAAAAAAAGGUUUCAAUCUACGGGUUUCUAUGGGCAAUGGAGGCUCCUAGUUAUUGGCUCCUAGUUCCCUUAAAACUAAUAUAUAGAUUUAGCCUGGGCUAAAAGCGAAGCUCUCGAUAAAAUUUAUAGUUUGCUCAAACAAAAUAUAAGAAACAACAAUAGGGCCAUAUAUACGAGGAAAAAUAAGACACGAACUGUACCAUUUAUACGAGCAUGUCUUAUCUAAGACGAGAACAGCUCGUAUAAAUGGUUCUCGUCCUAUUUCUGUUCUUGACUCGUUUUCAUGUGAAUGUCGCCCGUAGCAACAGCAAUCCAACGUGGCGCGCCAAAAAUUAACGCAUGCGUACUAUGUGUUCGCGUCUUAUGUAAGACGCGAAGGUUUUUUCUCGUCUUAGCUAAGACGCGUCUUAUCAUCUAAGAACAGGUGUUAAGGGUUGUUCUAAAAUAAGACGCGGCUUAACUAAGCCGCGUCUUAUUUUGGACGAAAUGUGCCGUUUAUACGGAACGUUCGCGUCUUAUUUAAGACGCGUCCUAUGUAAGACGCGUCUUAUUUUUCCACGUAUAAAUGGCCCUACAGGUCUAAUUAGCAAAAAACCAACUUUGCACGUGCAGCACACUUUUUUUGAACAUUUCAUUGCCGUUUUUUUGCACGACCACAACGUGAAACUUGUAGAAACUUCCUAGUUACACGUUUUAUGGAGGAAGUGUCGUACCUGUUGUUGUUCACUUUUUUUCACUCGCUCAUUUUCACCUUGGUGGCCGCCAGGAUUUCUCAUUUUCUCACCGCCGCUAAAAAAAUCUCAUGUUAUUUUUCCAACAAAUAGCUCUUUAUCUUCCCCUCUAGCUCUGACAGCUCUAUGUCGCUCUUUUUCUCGUCGAGCUUCGCUGGCAUGUCGCCCAAUAUAUUUUUCUCAAUAUUUUAAAUUUGUGAACAUGACAAUUAAUCUAAUUAAUCUUAGACAACAAGGAUACAGAAACAAUUUCCGCUUUCCGUUUUUGUCUUUAUUGACUCUUUAGUUGCCUCUGCUUCAAAAGACGCGGGUGGCUAUGGGAUUUCCCGCCCCCCAAAAAUAAGCUCGAGUUGUAUUUGGGUUGCCAUACCUGUUGGUUUAGUUAUUUUACAUGGGUAUGCCUGCGAUGCGGACGGACGGUCGGUCGGGCAUACGGUCACGUGAUUACCAAAAGUUCUCGGAUGGGUAGAUUACCAAAUUUUCUUACCCAUGGUGCUCCGGUUCGCGCGCGUUGAGCUCCGCUAUAAAGUAAUCAUGUUUUUUGACAAAUUUAAUCUAUGAAAUACGAUAUUGCGUAUCUUCAAUGAAAUUGCUUUUACAAUUGUUGUAUUUUAACUAUAACCACAUUCAUUCAGUCAGUAAGUUAACAUUAAAAACGUCUUUUGCCAAGAGAGGAGAGUAACUGCCCCCCAACCCCCACCCCCCGGGAGGAAAGUACUAUCAUCUUGGGCUAAAUAAAGCCCAAGCUCGAAAUAUGAGCAUUGGCGAACAUCGGCAUUGUUUCGUAACAUUCGAAAUAUAAGGAUUUAUAUGGGAAAAAACCCUAUCGUUUCUGUACCCUGCGAAAAUGAAAGGAUUUCAAUAAAAACACAGCUUACCUUAUACAAAAUCUGUGUUACGUCUCUCCUGGGUGGUCCAUGGGCCGAUUUUUAUGGCUUAUACCGUAAACGGUGUUCUCUUUAUAUAAAGGUUUACCAAGGUUGAGGAUUCCAGGGAAGCUGCCGGACGGAUCCACCGAAGGAAAACGGUCGUAAAUUUACUCCAACGGCUCCAGUCGCCUCUAAAUUCCGCCUAGGUAACACACGAUAGUUCUCCUUUCCAUUCGUUAUCUUGCUUCCAGACGCCUUUGCACCGAGAGCGAAUCCGGGGACGCAAGACUCAAAUUACUCACACUCGGGCUGGGAGACAGUCUCUUGCUCCCGUUGACAUCAAUACCCGAGAAAGAAAACAAAGGGAGCAAGAGACUGUCUCCCACCCCGAGUGUGAGUAAUUUGAGUCUCAGGCCGUGUCGCUAUCUUUCAACGGUAACGCAGAGUUCAAACCAAGGUUCUGUCGAUGGCUUCAGACGGGAAAGGCCGUAGCCUCCCCGCAGACGUCCUUUGGGGUUCGUUCGUCACGCAUUCAUUUCUCCGCCACGGUCCGUGAGGGAGGAAUGAAUGCGUGACGAACGAACUCCAAAGGACGUCUGCGGGGAGGCUAGAAAUGUUGCAGAGAUUGACGAUCUUUGAUUCGCUCUCGGUGUAAAGGCAUCUUGAAGCAAGAUCACGACUGGAAAGAAGAUCUAUCGCGUGUUACCUAGUAGUCAGAAUUUGGAGGCGACUGGAGCCGUUGGAGCGAAUUUAUCGCCGUUUUCCGGGCUUCGAUGGAUCCGUCGGACCGCUUCGCUUCAGUCCCCAACGUUGGUAAACCUUUAUACUGAGAGACAACCGUUUACAGUACAACCCAUGAAACGACCAUAAAUCAGCCCAUGGACCAAGACAAGCUGUUUUUUUAUUGAAGUCCUUUCAUUUCGUAGGAGGCGAUAGGUUUCUUUCCAUACAAAUCCUUAUAUUUCGAAUGUUAUGCAACAAUGUCGAUGCUCGCAAUGGUUAUAUUUCGAGCUUGGGUCUCCUGUGGUGCCGCUGUGAAGGGUAUGGUUAUGGUUUUCAAGCAUUUUAGUCUGGGAUAGAGUAUAAAACUCGGAGAGGCUGGGACUAGAAAAGGGUAUCAUUUUUCGGGAAAAUGAUCAAUUGGUUGAGAAUAUUAGUCUAGAUUAGGGAAACCGGGAAUUAAAAGUCAAACAAAUGAAAUCGGCGAUUUAAAUUUACAUGCAACUCAAUCUAAUAGCAAAAAAAGCGACGACCUUUGUAUUUUCUGCGAAAAAGUGACUCUAGGAUAGCGAGAGAUUUUGGGAGUUAACUCUAGGAUAGGGUGGCAAAAUUCAGCCGAACUAGGUCUGGAUAGACUAAUAGUCCGAAGUCCCAGCGCAUAUCCCUACCCAAUUAAUUUCUAAAGUACCCAUCCCCCCUUCCCUCGUUGAGAGUGUAGAGCAGCUCGUAAGGUCCCUCCUAAUUAGUCGCCGGAAACAAUGACAUGUCAUUCUUCCAAUGGUUUUAAUAUUGUUUGGGGUCAGAGAAUCGCACCAUUGGUGACUUCAUUUAUCCUGGUUAGUGCUUAAUGUAUAUUUCUUAACACAGAGAAUAUUGCUGCUGGUAAGCUGACAAACCAAUCCUCUACCUACAAGGACAAAAGUGCCAGUGGUGAAUCGUCUAAAGCAGUGGAUGGGAAUUCCGACACUCAUUUCCCCAAUGGACACUGUUCCCAUACUCUGACUGAUAACCCCAGUUGGUGGAGUGUGGAUCUGGGCACAGAUCACGCACCAGUCUUUGAAGUGCGUAUAGUUAACAGGUUUUCAACAAGCGACAAUAUACGACAAAGAAAUAACGGUUAUAAAAUAACACUGGGUGAGUGAUUUCCAACUUGUUUAUCCAUGAAUAGUAGGCCAAUAUUGAAGAGAUAUUCGCAAUGUGGAUUGCAAGGACGAAUAACCACAGGAUUAUAUAGCCGAUAAACAAUAGAGAAUGAGCUAGCUACAGUGAGGGGGAGGGGAAAGGGGCUCCUGACAAAUAGCAAAUAGCAGCUAUUCUAGACACCAAAUCCUCUCAUCAUCGUCAGGUCGAGCUAUCUCAGACACUCUGAAUUGUCUAUUUCCCAGCAACACUUUCCUUUCAAGGACAUAUUAUUUUUUCCAAAUCUCUCAGCCAGCAAAGAUUUGUCUGAAGAGCAGAUAUUUUGACGAACAGAUCCAUUGGGUGCCCUGUGACAUAUUUGGAAACAUUCGGUCGUUGGGUGCCCCCGCUUCGUCGUGUAAGCGUUCCGUGUAUAUUUAACAAGUAAUGAAUAGGGCUGAGUAUCUUAUGAAGAACUAUGGAGAUCGAGGAGGAGGCCGUCGAGGCCGUAGGCCGAGGCGGAUAACACCCUCCGUGAUCUCCAUAACUCUUCAUAUGAUACAAAAGCCGAAUUCAAUAAUUGUUUUAUUAUUCAUUCAAAAUAACUCCGAGUUUAAAAACAUAGCUAAAACAAGCUUACCUGCAUCGAUGUUAAGUUUAUCUUCGAUAGUUUACAUUUAGGUUUGUCCAGCUCCGCAAAUAUUCUCCAAAUAGCAGAUGUCGUCCCCCGAGUUGCCUUCUUGCUGUUUUUGCUACGUUUUUGGCCAUUAUUUCGCCUAGUUCCAGCUGCAGUUCUUACUCUUGAAACGAGUGAAGUGUCCGCCAUUUUAGUUUUUACAACAAAACAACUCAAUCUCGUCCCCAGGUGUUCUCGGUUAACGCUACAUUAACCUGUAAAAAGAUGCUGUUUUGACGUCAUUUCCGUGUUAAACAAAAAUUCUUCUAAAUUUGGUCAUCAAAACAGGGGUCUUUUUUGCAUGAGCAUGCGCGACCGCUGAACAAGCGAUGUGCAUGGAGGCUCACCACAGGGUUUGCCUUCAUCAAAAUGGCGCGUCUCAAAGCUAUCAUAGCGAUUAUUUUGCUCGUUGGUCUUGGCGAAUGUGCUCGUGCUUUAACAAAAUGUGUAGUUUGCAAAAAAAACUCUAACAUGGUCUUAACAAAAGCGAAGUAGACCGGCUUUAACAUACACGAGCUACUAUCAAAUUUCAUCUCCCCACUUGUCCUGGACAACAGCGCGUGUAUAUGUAGUGCCUGGAGGAUUGCGCUGACCUCAUCAAAGUCUAAACAAAGUGCAGAAACGUUUUUUGAUGCAAGUAAACAGUUUCAAUUUUCUUUGUUUUGAAAUCGGAAAGGAAGAGAAAUAUUUAAAAAAAAACAUAGCAAAUUUCAGCGAGUGGGUUCGAAGUGCGCGAAAGCCGAUGUUCAGUUCGGAAAUUGAAUUAAUAUAUGUUCUACAAUUUUCCCAGCACUUUAAAGCUACAAGAUUAAGAGCACACGAGACGUAGAUUAGUCACCUGGUGAGAUGUUGGUGGUAGUCACUCUGUAUGUCUCGAACAAUAAAAAAUAUGAAUAUCAAUGAGACACAGUCAAAACUGCAUUCAAUAGGACCGAAAUUAAAGUCCAAUCUUGUGACCGAUUUUGAUGAAACAAACGGUUGGGUUUCCCAAGAAGUACAGUAAACAUGUGAUGCCGACCAAAAGUUAAAAAUCAUCAGAACAUUUAAGUUCUGGCUAGAAGCAAAUUCCUGUAAAGAUGCGUUACAAUGUUAGUCCACGCAAAAACAAGAAGUUCUACAAUUUUCCUAUAAACAAACUUUGUAUCGCUAAAAUACUUAUGGCAAAAACGUUCUAUUCCAACUGAAAACGGCGUGGUAGUCGCCCGCCUAUCGUUAUUAAUCCACUCCCGAAAUAUGGCUAAAUCAGCUAUUAACAAAUAAUUGACAGAAAUCCUCUACGGCAUCGAGAAACUGAUUUACAUCCGAUUUAUAGACAAACACUAAAUAAAGAACAUUUUGCUCAGUAGCUACGCAUCAGCAAUGCAUUCUAUGCCAAACUUUGCGGUUCUUAAAGGGGAAUCAAGACACGAGUCGAGCGCCAAACAACAACAAGCAGCCAUGUUCGUGUCAGACAUCCUUGAGAAACUUGCUCUUUCACCUCGUUCAGCGCAUCAGUCUCCACUUUAAAUCAACAGAUCUUUACUUAUUUUGUACAACGAAAGUCUUUCCUAAGUUCCUGCUACCAUUUCAAUCUCAAGCAAGCUUUCAAAGUGAACAAUUUGGUUCCUAUGACUAUGCAGCACGGUCGAUGUCACUGGUCGCGUGCUCUUUGACAAGUCAGCGGUCGCGCAUGCUCAUGCAAAAAAGACCCCUGUUGGUCAUCAGUGACUGCUUAUAAUGAAUUAUGCGUGUGCUUUCAGCCACGGGAAAAAACUGCCACCAAUGAUAAGCGUCGAAUUCUGCAUUCUUGUAAUAUAAGGAAUUAAAACUACGUAGUUAUUCAUAUCAUACUUUUGCUAAUUCAGUCGACACGGCUAAAGAGGUUUACUUUUUUUCCUUACAUUUAAUUAUAGGUGACAGUUCAACUGUGACGAGUAAUUCCGAGUGCAUUGGGCGCUACAGUUUUAUUCACUUUAUAGCAUCAGCUGUUUGCUAUAAUAACCCUCUUAAGACUGGAAGAUAUGUUGGUAUCAUGACCACAAAACAACAGUUACUACAACUGUGUGAGGUGGAAAUUUACUCAAGAGGUUUGUUAACAGACCAAGGAGCCAGUAUGUGGCAGCUUUUAUGUAAUAAUAUCAUGACAAUUACCCUUUGCAAUACCUACAAUGAGGUCUCUUUGUGAAACGAGUGCAACAUUUGCAUUGAGGGCUGAAAAAAUUGUUAUAUAAAGGACCCAAACAAAGCACCUUUCCCCAAACGAAUAGAAGAUACAAGUUAUGGGUACCAACAGAAUAGAGGUCUAGACCACACAGGAAAAUGCCUUAAGCAAAAGUACAUUCAAUUCUCUCAUGUUCUCAAAAUCUUUUUUCUAUCUCUCCUCAUCAACAUUGUCGAAAGAGAAGGUUUUAACCAAAAAUAUCAUGUACUUUUCCUUUAUUAGAACUGUUUCUGUAUAUUUUUUCUUCUUUCCCAAUCUGAAAUAGCUGAUUGGAAAUUAAAUCAAAAGAACAUCAGGAAACUGAAAGGGGCCUCCAUAGAAGGAAAACAAAACUACUCCGGUUACGCUGAAAUUACCAAUAGACGAGGUGGCCGAGUGGUUAAGGCGUUGGACUGCUAAUCCAAUGUGCUCUGCACGCGUGGGUUCGAAUCCCAUCCUCGUCGACCCUUUUUUAGUUUGCUGUUUAAGUACCCUUGUAAGAAGCCUUGUUUCCUGAUGUUUAAUAUUUUUACUACUUCCUUCGGGCGAAUGUUCCAUAAACAACCUAGUAAAUAAGUGAGUGUUAUCGGCCUGAAGAUAAGGGUUCUGAGAUAUAUUCACCGAGAGCGUACCCUAGGUAAAUAUGGUUUAUUAUCAUUAUCAUUAUUGGAUAAAUUUAGGUUUACAUUAUUAUUAUUAUCAAUAUCAUCAUCAUCGUUAGUAUUAUUAUUAUCAUUGUCAUUACCGUUCUCCUUAUCGUUAUUGUAAAAGUUUUUUUCAAAUAGCCUUUCGAUAAAGUAUUAAUUUGUUUGUAGUCAUGCUUGAAACUUCCAGAAUUUUCGAGUCACAACAAACAUUUCAUUGCACAAGGCAGUCAUGAUGACACUAUGUCAGAGAACUAUUUGGAAGCUUGCUUGCCUUUGAAGAGAACAAGCAAGAAGUUGGUAUUUCAAUUUCCAAUCAGAGGAUCUUUUACCAAUUUAUCUACUAGAUACAAAGGGCCGGUCAUUUACAUGGAUUUUAAGAAGUGUUAAUUCAACAAAACCGCGUUCUAAGACGUAUUUAUCUUAAGACUGUUUAUCCUGAUAAGGUUCAUAGAAGGAUAUAGGGUAGACUGGAGAAACACUUGCCUUCUUAUAUCUUCUUAAAAUAAUCCUCUUAGGAAGAGACCUGGAAGUCUAAUGAUUUCCUAAACCGCGGUCUAAUUUAGAAUAAUCAGCUUGAAGAAUUAGCAAAGCUAAAUUUGCUUGAAAACAAGCAAUUAGGUUAGAAAUAAGCCCGGCCAAGUAUAAAAGACAAGAAAGGGAAGCGCCCAUUCGCCGUCUUGAAUAAGUUUCUAAUAUUGCGCGAAGUGGAUUGGAACUGAUAGUGUGUCCUCGGCGUUUUCGAACAGUCAGUCCCUUUUCGUCUGUUCACACGUUCACGUAAAACAGCGUUUUCAAAAAGUUCCACUCUGGAGAGCGUUCAAAUGAAAAUGGAUACGUGUGGACAGUGCCUCAGUGUCCAUUCCUGUAUAUUAAUCAAGCUUUGUUGCUUAAUUCCUUUUUCAAUAUAUCAAUCUAUAUCUCUUGCUGCCCUUGAAGUGAAGUGUGCAUGAUACUUGCAUUCUAUCUCUAUACAUUUGCUCAUUUCUUUAUUUCCGGUUACAGGGUGUCCCAAAAGUUCGUUCCUAUACUUUAUAAGUCUGUAUUUCAGUACGAUUGGACUUGAUAAGCAAAUCAUUUGAAGAAAAGUUGUGUCUUUCAAACGAAUUCGCUAUUUUCAUACUGAUGGUGCCAUAUUUUGACUCGAAUAUUCGAUUUGUGUACUUGCGCGCCAAAGGUGCCCGUUCGCCAGUAUAUUUUCCAGCCACAUAUUUUUUGCAUUUCAUAGCCCGAAUUGCUCGAACUCCUUCCUUGUUUUUUGUGAAUAUCAGGAAAGAUAAACUCCCUUAACGCAAAAACGUUCAGCUACGUGAGAGCAUAAGCAUGUAUACUUUGAUUUACUGGCUUAUCUGUUGUAGAAAUUGCUUAAAAACUUGGAAAAAUCCGAAUGUUGGGUGGUCAAACGAUCAUGGAGAAAUGAAGGUUUUUGAAGGCAAGAAACGAAGGGGAAGACCAAAAGUCCUGAAGAAAGCAGCUAAAAUAGUUGUAAAGAAGACGAGAUACAAAAUAGGAGACUCGAAGAGGAAGCUCUCACAUAGUUAGCAAGCCAAGUCCAGAAAGGGUCAUGAAAAUUUGCUUAAAAUGUUUAAAUUUAAUGGCCCCUGAGAUGGCAAAAAAAACUCUUCUUGGUCUGCCAAGUAACGCCCAGCUCGUCUCAAAUUUGUAAAGAAGUACAAAAACCUUGCUGUGGAAGGGGGCCGGAUGAUUAUCUUUUUUGGAUCAUGCCCAAAAUAAGUUUUUUCCAGCUGUCUAAACUAAACAAAUAUUGUUUGGGGGUUGAACUGGCUCCUACGCACCAGGUGAUAGAAAACCUCAAAAUGGAUCAUCUGUGGGUCUACACGCCGUAUCCCACUUCAAGACGCAACGGCUACAGAAUGUGAUAAAAAACAAAAAAGGCACGGCAGUUACUGAAAUUCUGAAUACAUGUACUCGAUAGAGAAAUAAACAUCUUGUAGAAAUUUCAUGUAAAAAUAAAGUUUUGAUCAAAAGUUAUAGUGCAUGAAAUUAGAGGAACGAACUUUUGGGACCGCAACAUUUUUCGAUUUAUUUAACGCCGAGUAGAGGGUUCGAUUUAUCGGGAGUCGACUGUAUAUGACAAUACAAUAGGAUUGCGACUUUAACAAUCUCCUUGCUUUUGAACACGUAACCCAGUACUCUUUUAACAUUUUAGCUAGAAGUCUAUAAUAGCUCGGAAAAAUAAACGAAGGGGUACCACUCCUCCCUUCAAACAAUCAAAGCCGCCCCAGCUUUUCAGGGAGUUGAUUUGGGUGCUAUGUCAUCGAUCUACUACUCUCUAAUUGACAAAGAAAUCCGAGCUUACGUGACAAAUGAUAACUUGUUAAACAAAUGCACUCAGUGAAAUGAACUUGUGUUUCAUAAAUUAAAGGGUUGAACGCAAGAUUUUUUUCCUCUCUUCAAUGUCUUGACAAUAACAAUUUCAUUUUGUUCUUUAACAUUAUUUUUGGCAGAAAAUAUGGCUUUAGGCAAACACACUGAUCAAUCGAGCUACAGCUCUUCUUCUGAUGACUCGUACAAAGCAGUAGAUGGGAACAGCAACACAAGCUCCCUCGCCGGAUUAUGUUCUCUCACAAAUCUUGAACUAAAUCCCUGGUGGAGAGUGGACCUGGGACGAAUGGAACCCGUGUCGGAAGUGUACGUAGUCAACAGUGGAGACUGCUGUACAAACAGACUGAAUCCAUUUGAGAUCAGAGUAGGUUGGUCAAUAUCUAUCAUCAUUUUCAUUUCAGACAGUGUUAUUAAAAAUGGCAAAGAUAUUACAGAUGUCAGUGAACCUCACAGGUUGGUUCUCGGGAGUGCUUGUCCCAGCCUUUAUAAGGCUAGAAAUCCUGACCCUGCUUUUUUAUUUAUUUUACAGACAUCUGUUGUGACGGACUUAAAUUGAAGAGAGCGGCGCAUAACAUACCGUAUUAUUUUGAGAAAAGACCUUUUAUUUAUUCUUAUAGGUGCAAAUUCCAGUCAUGUAGGCACAGCCAAUCCCAAAUGUGGUGAUAGUACUUACAGUGUUCCCACAGGGCAAGGCGUAUCAUUCUACUGUCGACCCAGUUUGUACGGAAGAUAUGUCACCAUUAGACUUACCAAAAGUUCCCCUGAGAGACUUACUCUUUGUGAAGUUGAGGUUUAUUCAGCGCGAAGAGGUACGACAAACCACCGGGCCAGCCGAUAUUUUGUUAACUUUAAACUUGUUAUGGUGGUAACAACAAAGACAAGAUUAAAGGCGUUAUUCUAAAGCUUUUAGUAGAAGAGGGAUACAACCGUGAAGCUCACAAACCAUAUGUGGACAUUUUCUUGAGAAUGGAAGUUAAGUCAUUUUCACGGAGGCCCACGGCAGACGUCAUGGGUAUUGACUUGUCAGUCACAUAAGUCAACGUAAUUAAGAGUUGAAGAGAGGAAAAUAACAUGGUAACCUUUCCCUUGUGAAUUACCAUGACGCAUGAUAACCAGACUGCAAAACACUCGCUUUUUUUCUCUCAAAAUCGGUUAAGAGUAGCGUAAGAAUAGCUUCAGAGUCUCACGCGAGCCUCACACGUCCGUAGGGCCCAAGUCUCGCUCUCUGUUUUUAGCCUAGCCCCAGACCUUUUGUUUGACUGUUCGCGCGCAAAAAAACGGACUGUCUUCUACAUGAUAACCUCCUGGCACGGGGUCCUGGAAAGCCGAUUAGCGCUAAUCGAGUAUUAAAUCUCGCUAAUCGCGGAAAACAUUUUGUCUCACGAUUAGAUUCUGUCCCUGAAAGUAUGAUCAACCUUAAAUUCGGAAUAUACUAAGUGUUAAUUUUAACCCACCUAGCGAGGUCGAUUAAGUCACUAAUCGGGGGAACACGUUUGUAAAAAAAAAAAAAAAAUGGCGGACUUACCUUUGCCACAAAUACGUGAAAAAAAGUUCCGACAGCAAGAAAUUGAUUUCAACCAAUUCACUGAUGAAGAGCUUUGCAGUGGAUACAGGUUUGGCCGAGAGUCAAUUCAAUAUUUGUUAGAAAUCCUCAAGAACGACCUCGAGAGACAGACGAGGAGAAAAUAUAAGCAGUUGACAACGUGGUUAUUACUUCAUGUAAUAAACUUGGUCAUUAUAAAACAUGGACUGCGGAUUGAAUAUAAGAUAUAAGGACUACGUUAUAAAAACUUGGCCAAUUAUUUCUGGAUAGAUGAAGAAUUUCGGUUUCCUCUUCUUUUCCUUUGGUUUAACAGAGACCACUUCAUUUUCCGCCAUUUUCCUUUACCUCACCCGUGCCUAAACAUUUUUCGCGCCAAAUUUUUUAAAAGCAAUCAUCCCAACAGCUAGUCAAACCGGUUUAUUUUAACACUAAUCUCGGAUUAGUUAAUCGUGGGUUUAUUUCGCUUUCAGGAACUCCUUUUUAACCCACUAUUAGUUAUCCGAGGAAUACAAAAAUUAAUCGUGGAUUUGACGCUAAUCGGAUGAUAGUUUAAUCGGCUUUCCAGGAACUGGGGCCUGUUCUCUAACCUGUUCAAUAGGCUAUUUCCCAAACUAGGCUACGUGCGAAGUCAGUGAUAUGAAAAAGAUCUUUUAUUCUCAAUUAAAAACAAAAACACUAAUUUCCACAAGAAAGGGUUUGCACUUAGCUCCGUUUUAAGAGUGAGAGUUUUUGAAUCUCGGAAAUUGCGUAUUGUAUCUCUUAAACUGAUCCACUCACAUAAUCAAUUGACAAAGCACCCAUACCUUCAAAAAUCACUGGAAAAGAAUAUGAAUACUAUGAUAACAUUAGAUAUACUUCCCGUUUCUAAGUUAAGAAAAACUCACGUCUAAUAAUGGAUUUAUCGACUCGUUUCAGCAAGUCAAAUACAGAGAAUCGGACUGGCCAGCAGUCACGAAUUUCCAAGCGACAGAUUUUCAGCCUCAUCAUCAACAGUUGGUAAUGAAGCUUUCAAAGGUCGACUUAACGGAAAUGGUGCAUGGUCACCUAGCACAGACAGUGCUAAAAAUGACUAUCUACAAAUAGACCUGAAAAACGAGUUCUUUAUCAGUGCUGUAGCUACUCAAGGAAAUCCAGCUGCCGAUCAUUGGACAACGAAGUAUAAGUUGCACAUGUCAGUAAACAAUACUCAAUGGGACACAUAUCAAGAGAACGGUGUUGAUAAGGUUAGCAAUUAUUUAACUCAGUUUUCAUACUGAAUUUCUUUGGCCAUGCUUAAAAAUCCCUCCUAAUUCACUUGGGCCCAUUUGCUCGAAGGCCGAUUAGCGGUUAACCCCGGGGUUAAAUUUAACCCGGGUUUCCAUUUUCUUAUGUUCAAAAGUAUUUUCUCGGACUUUUUUCUCUGUUAUCUUUAGAGCUUCCAAUCAUCAACUUGUAGACAAAAAAAAUUAAAACUGAAACGUUUUUUAAGCUUUCAAAUCUGAAUCCAAAUCUCGCACUAACCCUGGGUUAUCUUAACCCAGCUUUGAACAACUCGGCCCUGAUCUAUAUCUAGGCGAAAGAAUUGAAUUCCUCAAUCAAGAGAUCAGUUCUGACGUCUCACUUACUAUAACGUAAUCUCUCAAAAGCAAGUAUUGACAUUGCCUGCGAGCAGACGUCUCCUAUUUCCUUUGUUGCACGCGGAAAACAAAGGAAAUAGGAGACGUCUGCACGCAGGCAAGUAUUGACAGAGAAAAGAAAAUUCUUUAUGGUACGUAAUUAUUAUAUAUUUAUUCAGAUCUCUCCGUUGUCCAAUUAAAUUCUUAAUUUCCUAAUCUUUCGUUCAGAUCUUUCAUGCAAAUGGCGGAAGAAGUGAUAUUGUGAAAAACAAUCUCGUCAAUAUUUCAAGAGCCAAGUUCGUUCGUUUCCAGCCAACGGAAUUCUUUACUCGCAAAGCACUGAGAGUGGAACUUUAUGGGAUUCUAAAACCUUCUGGUAAUGUUAUUAUUUAUAUCACUGUAUAUUACCGUCAAACAGACAACCCUGCAAAUCUCAAAUAUUUGAGGCGUCAUAUUGUGUUAGGACCAUAUACAGCUAUUUCCAAAAAUGUUGUCGAAAAAGUGCACGCGACAAUCUUACCUUUCGGGAUUGUCACGUGCACAUUUCUUCCGACAACCUUUCUCGAAACAGCUGCAUUUAUUAUAACGACAGAGAAUAGGACAUACAUGUACGAACACACCACAAAACCACAAACUUAUUACGGCCGUUACUUGCGAUUAACUUUCCAUACGCCUGAUUCACUUCCUUGCAACGAAAUAACAUCAGAAAUAUCUCUGAUGUUCAAGAGUUUUUGAGUAACAGUUUUUAACCUGUUACUCGAAAAAUAUGAAAAAUAUGAAUAAGAUUAAUUAAUUUUUUAUUAAUAUCGAAAAGCUAUUAACAUAUAAAAUGCAUGUGUUUGAAGGUUUUCUUCUUUUUCGUCUCCUACUGCUGCUGCGGUUCCUUCUCCUUUUCCUCCUCCCUCUUUCCUCUCUGCCUUCGUUUUCUAUUCCGCACCUUUUCCUUCUUCUUUCCCUUGUCUUUUUUCUCACUCUAUCUUGUCCUAGCUUCCUCCUCCUCUUCCUUUUUUCUUCUUCUAAGCGAAAAAAGGGGUCAACACUUAAUUUUUUCAACAAUCAGUCAUUCCAGAUCCAUAUAGUUACUGGUUAAUAUUGCGGAUCACACAAAAUAGAUGUGGUAGGCCGACGAGGAAGAAAGAAAGUAGUUUCUAAGUGUGGUGUUAAGUUGUUUGAAUUUUUUUUCAUUUUUGUUCGUAGACAAUUGUUUGCACAGAACUGAUUCAAUAAAUUUUACUUAUAAAUUUCAGUUCCAUCCCAACCUCCUGCUAACCUUACUGUUGCUGCAAGUACUUCUACUAGUAUAUCUGCAUCUUGGACGCUACCACCAGAGGAUCCCAUGAAUAGACUCAUAACAGGGUUUAAAGUCUUCUUUAAAAAGAAGGGUUCUUUGGAUGCACCAACAGUAGUCAUCAUCAACGGUGUUUUGACUUUCAGUAAAAAUUUGUCGGGGCUUAAUAAAUACACGGAAUACGAGUUCAGUGUGUUAGCCUUUACUUCUGCAGGUGAUGGACCGAAGACCUCUAUUAAAGUCCAGAGAACUAAAGAAGAUGGUAAGAAAGUAAAAUAUCAUUUAUUUUCCCCUUGCUCAAACUGUAGUACGUGGAGCUUAGCAAUUAAAAGCGAAAUAAAAGACCAAUGUAGAACAGCUAGUAGACAGCCAGCCCUCACUUAUAAACAAAUUUGGACACCAAUGCAAGGAACUACAUCAAUAACUAGUGAAACGCUCAGGGUUCUGGCAAAAUAAAUAAAUGAAUAAAUAAAUUAUCAAAAAUAUAUAAAUGAAGGAAGCCUUUAGGUAUCAUCAUUCCCCUUCUCGUAGGAAAAACAGUAGCUCUCUGCAGCGUUGACCACGUUGUUUCUAGCCAAACUUUUUCAUGUACAAAGUGCUAAUAAUUCGUUACGACUGAACGUGUGACGGUCUUGUGUCGUGAAUGAUGAUCUCUACUUUCCAUCUCAGAAAGGUCUUAAGAGGCCCAAGUUGAUGGAAAUUGUUGUACUUUCAUUAAAACAACUGAUAUUUCCUCUUUAGAUGCUUGUUAACUGUGCCGGAGAGAUAUCAACCGUUUGCCGUAGAAAAGCCAAAGAAUUGACCGUUUACUGUAAAGGCCUUUAUCCCGAGAUUAAGACCCUAGUAACAAUAAAUUAUAUUUUCUGCAGACCACAUCUCUUUCAUUCUCUAUUGUACAAUUCAGACCUGCGUGCUUUCAAGAAGGGAGAUUCUGAACAGUCUCUAGGUGUAUAUUUGUAUCUGCCUCCAUCAUUUUGUAUGAAUUAACAAUUCAUUCCUAGUAAGGUUUGUAGGAAUAGGAUACUCUGUUUUGAUAUUCUUAAUUAUAUGAUCACUUUAUGCAGUCCCUUCUCAAGCUCCGUCCAGCUUUACAGUAACUGCAAGUACUUCCACCAGUAUCGUGGCGUCCUGGCAUCUUCCACCAGCAGACUCUAGAAAUGGAAUCAUUACAGGAUAUAAAUUGUUCUAUAGACAGAAAGGUUCUACUGACCCACCACUGAUGCUGGUGAGCGACAGAGCAGAACUAAUCAAAGUUGCUACUAGGCUAAAAAAGAACACAGAAUAUGAAUUUCAAGUGUUAGCCUUUACGUCUGUCGGCGAUGGACCGAAGAGUUCUGUUGUGGUUGAGAGAACCAACGAAGAUGGUAAGUGGAAACUUAUGCCCAUUUACACCAACAUGUUUAAUUGAACGAGCCAUCAUGGAGAACUGGGACAAUGCCUAUUACUCAGGAUUCAAAUGAACUUCAACAUGUUCCGUAAUUUGCACUAGGUUUGCAAGCAACUUAAGUCAUUACGCAGCUUUUAUGAAGGAAACAGCCUUUUUAAAACAUGUUAUAAGAUUUGGGGUGAAUGGGGCAUCGAAGUUGAACAUCCCAGCAUUUGACUUGUUUCUGAGGGACCACGCCUGGUUUAUCUUCCACCUCGAACAUCUGCCCCGCAUUUACCUUUCCCUCUCCAUUAUAGCGCAUAAAUCUUUGACAGUAAUUUCUGGGUUAAUCCUGCUUCAGUGCAGUAGGAAUUGGAUAAGUACGGGAUACAGUGAUUAACCAAAUAGCGCCUACGCACCCACGCUUUACUUUUUACGAUGUUUUUGAUAAACCCCUCCAUAACGGACCCAGAGGAAUCUAUAUCUUGAGCGCGUUCUCGGAGAAAACGUCACCGGGUUGGCUUAUUUUCCACUGAGUAUUUUCUUAAUUGUGUAUCUCUCAUAAAAGCUAAAAGGGGUGGCAGGCCUAACAUCUUUACCGGUAUGAAAUCUUUGAAAACCUUUUACAUAUUGCUAUAGCGAGAUGAACUAAAAGACAUCCACUUUUUUAUACGGGAUCGAUUACCUCUACCUUCCGAUUUUUUUGUCAAUGGUAAUAAUGUUUUAUAUUUUUGCUCCUUUUAAACAAAUUUGAAUAACGAACUACCUAAGUAUAUAUCCGAGAAAGUGACCAGGGAAGCAAAAAAUUUGUCGGGUAGAAACAAAAUAUUCGCCAGGUACUGGAGAGGCUAAAUGUUCACUGGGUGGACUGACUUGAACCACUGGGUAGGGUUUUACUGCGUAAGUUUAUAGAGGGGUGCUAGAAUAGAAGACUAGUUCAAAUGCCCGCUUUGCCAAAUAAGAUAUAAAAAACGAUAUAAUUCUGCUUCUAUAGAAAAAUGCUUUAUGAUAAUGCCCAUGCGCCCCACUUAAACUUAUUGACUGUUCUUUGCUUGUCUUGUAACUCAACAGGUUUAUAUAAAUUCUAUAUUUGCAGUUCCCUCGCAAGCCCCUACUAGUUUUAAUGUAUCCGCAUGCACCUCUACCAGUAUCGAUGCCUCUUGGAAUCUGCCACCAGCGAUCUCAAGAAACGGCAUUAUCACUGGAUUUAAACUUUUCUAUAAAAGAAAAGAAUUUCACGAACCACCGACCAUCAUAAAAAUUAGCAAUGCAGUAAUUCACACUAAGACUGUAACAGGUCUUGAUAAAUACGCAGUGUAUGAGUUUCAAGUGUUGGCCUUCAACUCAGCUGGUGACGGUCCUAAAAGCUCUGUCAUAGUUCAGAGAACAAGAGAAGAUGGUAAGUAGUGAACAUAAACAAGGAAUUGAUUGUUUUCAGUGGCGGAUCUAGGGGAGGGGCCCGGGGGCACUCCCACCCCCCCUACUUUUAGAGGCAAACUGAGGCUCGAAGGACCGAAAAAUUGGUUUUUGAGACCGGACCGCCCCCUUAUCUCAGGGUCUGGAUGCCCCCCUCCCCAUGCACCUCUAUCAGAAGGUCGGGAGCCGCCACUGGUUUUGAUCUCUUUUAUUAAAAGAAAGCUAUCCACCUCCUUCAUGAAAUCGUAAAGAACGAAAUUGAGAACGCCUUGUAACAUCAACAUUACAAAUAAACGUAAUAACAUGAAAGCUGAGGCUAUAUCUUUUACUUUUUAAAGAUCAGUCUUCAGCAAAAAGAUGCGGACUCAUUGUCGCCAAUAUGCAAAGGCGUUCAGUUUAGAGCAAUUGUCAUGAAAAGGAAGGAAACUAGUUUAUACAUAAUCGCUAACUAGUGUAUUUUUAUUGCCAUUACUUAUGUCUGAUCGGCAAAAAAGUUUGGCAACGAAAACCCCACCAUCCUGGAUAGAGAGAGCACUUAAAUACCAUUUUCGAUUUUUGCAAUGUCGCUGUCAAAAUGGUUUGCAACGAAAACAUUACCGAAAAAUUAAUCGCAUAAUGACUUAAAAAAUGCUCCUUUGAAUGUAUUUCCUUUCCCUGAAAUUGUUCAUUACUCAGUGUUAUGAAUUAAUUCAGAAAAGAAAAAUAUAACAUCUAUUUAGUAUUUGGCCGGCCUCAAACUUGUAAAUUGCCUUGACACUUAAGAGGUUCAUUCUGAUUGUUUCUCCAUAAUUUAGCUCCUUCCCAAGCUCCUAUCAACUUCACUGUGAUUGCACAAUCAUCUUCCAGUAUCCUCGCAUCCUGGCAAUUGCCACCACUAAAAUCCAGAAAUGGAAUCAUCACAGGCUUCAAACUGUUUUACAAAAGGCAAGAUCAAUUCGGCGAGGCCAAUAUUACGAUAAACAUAAACAGUGCUACAACUCGCAGGGAAAUUAUAUCAAGACUUGAAAAAUAUACAGAAUAUGUGCUUCAAAUCCUGGCCUUCACUUCCGCUGGCGACGGACCAAGGAGUUCUAAAAAAGUUACGAGAACUAAGGAAGGUGGUAAGUGUUGA